AACACGAUCACGAAUCACGAUGCCAGGCAUUUGCUCCGUUCUCUGACCUCUAAAAUUGGUACCGACCAGACGCAUGUGUUUGAUUUUCAUAAUUCAUAGUCGUCUUCCCUUCUCCAAUCACGAAUUUCUCGCAUCACAGAGAAGAGCAACAAAACUCUACGCUAUGCUCCAUUACUCUUUCUUCCAUCUCUCUGAUCUGAUCUCUCUCUUCACUCGCACACCAAAUAACACUUGGUUUUCCUUUCUUUAAGCAAUUAAACACACAAUCGCGCUCAACUUUCACCGCCGGGAAAGUAUUUGGUUGUGAUUUGAAGUUGAUUAACUUCUUAAGGAAAACGGAUAUUGAUCGGUGGUUGUGGCAAAAGCAUAUUGAUUUACAGGAUUGCGCGAUCGAGUGAAUCUCCAAUGACUUUGUUGCUUUCAUGACUAUUGCUUCUUCCCCUAUGAGUUUAGCUGUUUCAACAUUGCAAGAAGGAUUUCCAGAAUCUGAGUUCUUACCAGUUGAGCCUCUGAUGGAUGCUCCCUAUAACAGUCCCUCUGGGAAUUCAAAUCCAGACAUUGAUGAGAGUGAAAUAGAUUUACUAUCAGUUUCUUGGAACCAAGAUUAUGGUUGUUUUGCUGCAGGAACAAACCAUGGUUUCCGUAUAUACAACUGUGAUCCUUUCAAAGAAACCUUCAGACGUGAUCUGAAAAGUGGAGGAUUUGGGAUCAUUGAGAUGCUUUUCAGAAGCAACAUUCUAGCACUUGUUGGUGGAAAAGCUAAUACACAAUACCCUCCAAAUAAAGUCAUCAUAUGGGAUGAUCAUCAGAGUCGAUGCAUUGGUGAAUUUUCAUUUAGAUCAGAAGUUAGAGCUGUAAAAUUAAGACGCGAUCGGAUUGUUGUUGUUCUUGAACACAAGAUCUAUGUUUAUAACUUUAUGGAUCUGAAGCUUCUUCAUCAGAUAGAAACCCUAGCAAACCCUAGAGGACUUUGUUGCCUAUCCCAUCAGGUCAACACAUCUGUAUUAGCUUGCCCAGGUUUAAGAAGAGGACAAGUUAGGGUUGAACAUUUUGGAUUAAACAUGACAAAGUUAAUCAAUGCUCAUGAUUCAAGAAUCGCAUGCUUGACCAUGACAAUGGAUGGGCUUCUUGUUGCUACUGCCAGCACAAAGGGCACUUUGGUCAGAAUUUUUAAUGCAAUGGAUGGUACUCGGUUACAAGAGGUUCGUAGAGGAGUGGAUAGAGCUGAUAUUUACGGAAUUGCCCUUUCUCCAAAUGUCCAGUGGUUGGCUGUGUCUAGUGACAAGGGUACUGUGCAUAUAUUUAGUCUUAGAGUGCGUGUUGUUGGUGAAGAUCCAUCAUCUGUUCAAUCUAUGACAUCAGCAGCAGCAGCAUUAUCACAUCAGUAUUCUUCAUCUUCCCUUGAUGCCCUUAUCUCACCAACUUCUGCUGGUGCCAAUCCUGGUUCUUCUCUAUCUUUCAUGAAAGGGGUGUUGCCGAAGUAUUUCAGCUCCGAAUGGUCAUUUGCUCGGUUUCAUUUGCCAGAAUGCACACAUUACAUGUCAGCAUUUGGAUCACAGAACACAGUCAUUAUUGUAGGCAUGGAUGGAAGUUUCUACAGGUGCAUAUUCGAUCCUGUGAAUGGUGGGGAGAUGGUGCAACAUGAGUAUGUGCGUUUCCUGAAAACCCAACUCAAGUCUAGAUAACAAUAUCAAUCGUAUUAAUUCCCUUUUUAUUUAAACUCUCAAUUCCCUUUAAAAUGUGAAUAUAUCUCUAAAAUAAGGAUUUUUAAUUCCAACCUGUCAUCUGUCUUGAUUCUUCUUCUUCUUCUUC